CCGAGAUGUCUGAUUCACAAGUGGGUUGUGGAAGAAGACUGCAGAACAGAUGGGCAGUCAACUUCAAAUGACUUCAGGGAAUCAUCCCGAAGCCAACGGACAAACCGAACAAAUGAACAGAGUUGUACAACACUUGUUGAGGCAUUACAUUAAGCCCAGCCAAGAUGAUUGGGAUGAGCAGUUGCCUCUCAUCGCCAGCCUGUACAACAAUGCUAUCCAUAGCAGUACCGACGUUAGUCCUAAUCAGCUGCACUUGGGAUGGAAGCCUAGAUCAGCACUAGACUUCCUCCUACCUGAAAACCGACCCGCUGCAACUCCCGGCACGCUUGAGUAUGGUGUGCAGUAUGAGAAGUUGCUGCGAGAGGCUGUCGAGCAAAUGAAGAAAGCUCAGCAAGCAAUGAUUGCUUCUGAGAAUCAACAUCGUAGACAGUCCACAUUUCAGGUAGGGGAACGUGUCUGGGUCAAGGCUAGUGAGUUAGGACAGGARUUCGGAAUCUCUCGCAAACUAAUGCCUYAGUACUUUGGUCCCUGGGAAGUCYUAGAUAUAGUGGGAGAUGAGAUGGAUGGUCCCACAUAUGUCAUUCGUGUCCCUGGACACCUACGCACUCACCCAGUCUUUCAUGCCUCAAAGCUUGCACCUUUCGCUGAGACAGACCAAUUCCCUUCCAGGAGAUCGAUGCUGUCCCCAACCAUGGAUGGACAAGUGGACAUCGACGACAUUGUGGAUCACAGGGAUAUGCGUGUUCCGAAGCCGCUGGGUCGAGGAAGACCUCAUAAACCCAAGAGAGAGUACCGCGUCAGAUUCAGGCAUCAUACGGAUCCAAAAGAAGAUCGGUGGUUUACCAGGGAGGAACUGAUUGAGACAGCUCCUCAGGUGGUGGCAGGAUAUGAGAGGCUACUGAAAGGGAAGGCAYCUGCGAAGUACCGCGGAGCCAGCUAUGGCGCUGGGCAGACCCGGAUCGUCGCCAUUUUGAGGGAGAGAAAAGAGAAGAAAGAGUUCCUCAAGCAGGCGAAGUUAAAGGCUAUCGCAGAAGAGCAGGUGGCAAAGAAAAAGCAAUUAGAAAAAGAGAUGUUGAGGUUUCAGAAAGAAAAAAUGAUGAUGUUACAGCGAGAGGAAGAAGAGAAGAGAACGACUGUUGAGGAAGCAGCAGCAGAAGAAGAGGAGGUAGAAGAGGAACCUCUUGAAAGGAGGCGUAGGGAAGAAAGAGGAGAAGCAAGUGGCACGAAGCGAGAAGAUGCCUGGAUGGAGAAAAAAAUCAGUGAGUGGGUGGCUAGUCUAUCGUUGGGGGAGGAUGAGGAGGCACAGUUGUACGUGCCACAAGAGGAGAAAGAAGCAUUCGCCAGGGUAUUAGAGAUGAUAGAGGAUCCCCUGGAACGUCAGACAACAGAGGAUGCGAAGAAGUUGGAGUGGAAGCUGCGGAUGAUGAGGGAGAAGAAGAGAAGGAGGGAGGAAGCCAAUCGAGUGGCGAAAGAAGUGGAGAAAGUCCGGGCAUGCAGACCAGAGAUGCAGGAACAAACAGAGGUCCCCGCAAAAUUAGAUAAGAUUAUAGGGUACCUGGAGGUCCUGAGUGAGGCUUGGCUAGAGGAGCAUCAGGCCAACAAGGGUCACAAUGUGACCCUGCUUGCCAUGCAAUCCGGUUUUAGAGAGUUUGCGCGCGACGUGGUUACCCACGUCGGGACCGAAGCCAAAAAGUUAAAGGAAGGCGCAGAGAAGUUCUGUGUCGGCGCCAUUGAAGGCGCCGAAGUAGUGGCCAUAGCAGAGGCCUCAUCACGUCCCCGCAAAGAGCCAGUCUUGGAGAAGCUCAGAGAGGCUAACUUCAAGAUCAACGUGAAGAAGUGCGAGUGGGCCAAGACACAAGUCUUGUACUUAGGCCACGUGUUAGACGGAGAUGGCAUUAAGCCAGAGGACAGCAAGAUAGUGGCGAUUAGAGACUGGCCGACGCCCCUCACGUUGACAGAGUUGCGAUCGUUCUUAGGCCUAACUAACUACUAUAGGAAGUUCGUGAGGAACUUCUCGACUAUCGCCGCACCCCUCUGCAGAUUGCUUAAAAAAGAGGCAAUCUGGCAGUGGGAUAAGGACUGUACGUCUGCGCUAAAGAAGUUGAAGCGCGCGUUGAUAGAGUACCAUAUCCUCAAAGUAGCAGAUCCGUCCUUGCCAUUUGUCGCCACCAUGGACGCGAGUCAGUAUGGGAUAGGAGCCGUGUUACAGCAGGACGACGGCAAUGGCUAUAGACCCGUAGAGUUCAUGUCAGCGAGGAUGCCCUCAAAGAAGGUUGCUACCUCUACGUCUGAAAGGGAACUCUACGCUCUCAGGCAGGUUUUAGAGCACUGGAAGCAUUACCCUCUUGGGAGGCACUUCAAGGUGUAUUCAGACCACGAACUGCUUAGAUGGCUGAAGACACAGGCCAAAAUGACACCUAAGUUGACUAGGUGGGCCGCCGAGAUAGACCAAUACGACUUUGAGCUCAAGCUGGUUAAGGGCAAAUACAAUGUAGUUGCGGAUGCUCUGAGUAGGAGAUCAAACUACUUUGGAGCCAUAGUUCACUAUCUAGACAUAGGGAGUGACCUGCAAGAGAAAGUUAGACAGGCUUAUGCGCAAUACCCUAUUUAUAGUGACCUCCUCAAGAAAGUUAAGGAGGCCCCAGAGACCGAACCAGAUUACCGCACUAUAGAGGGUUUGUUGUUUGAGAAGACUAAUGUCGUAGACCGUUUGUGCGUUCCUAACAGUGAAGAGAUCCGUAGUCUGAUCCUAGGGGAACGCCACGACACAGAGGGACACUUCGGUUGGCAAAAGACUUUAGCCAAUCUGAUGUAUGCGUAUACGUGGCCAGGAAUGAAGAACGACUGCAUAGAGUCAAGAGUAGGUACGACAAGAGCCAAGUUAUGGUUAUAGUCGAUAGAUUUAGCAAGUAUG